AUGGUAAACACUUGUUCCCAACAAUUAGGAAGUAAUAUACAAAAUCCAGUUGUAUCUACAGUCGAUCCGAACAGAUUACCGUCAUCGGCGAUUCAAUGUGAAAAUGAGGCAAAUAUUCGAUUAGAAAACUCACUACCCAAUUCGCUACUUAAUUCGACUUCAAGAAAAGGUUUAUAUAUUUGCCUGUGUUGCCGAUCGACAUUUACAAGUAGUGCUUUGUAUGAAGACCAUCUGGAUCGUGCCGUUGCUCGAAUAUUGUAUCGUUGUCAUAUCUGUCGUGGUUCUUGGACGACUUCACGUGAGGCGGUCAGUAUCGCUGAUAAUCAUGAGAGCGAAACAUGCUCACGGUUUUAUUCUGUUCUACCGGGUGGCAUUAUCAGCGCUAAUAAUAAAUGCGCUAUAUUUACUCACUUGGUAUCUGCACACCCGGAUAAAAGAAGUGAUUGGAUUCUACGACCAUCACUUCUUACAAUUUGUCCGUUGGUUAUGCCAACCACAUUUUUAAAUUUAGCAGCACAGACCGCCUCCACUACUACUGAUAUCCAAUCUUUUGAUGUAUCGAAUGAGCAGCAAGCGCCUACACGUCUAACAUCCAAUCAACUUGUCAAAACUCAUUUGAUGAAUGAUUUAUGUAAAUCAAGAGUUUGGAGUGAUCUUCAACAUAGUCUUAGCAAUAUAUCUGCCCUCGGGAGUCUCGACUUUCUCCAGCCAUCAUCUCUCUGUAAACAAGUUUCCUCCAAUCGUGUAGGCAGAUUAACUCGAACAUGUAACGACAUUGUUGUCGAGAGGUUCUCUUCUUUAAAGCGUAUUUUCACUCCGAGUAGCAACAACAGUGAAAGCAAUUUACCUAGCCUGCCUUGUUCAGAUAGUGUCUUAUAUCGUUUAAUUCUGAAUUCUGCCACUAGCGAAAUUUGGCAUUCACACCUUUUUCUACCGGAAUGGUGUAGUGAUGAAAUCAGAACAAUUGGUACUCCUGCUAGAACAACAGCAACAGCAACAACAAAAACAGUAAAUCGUCAAGAUGAAAAUAAUCCGGUUACUAUUCAAACUAAUAAUAAUAAUGAUGAUGAUAAUGAAAAUGACAAUGUGGAAAAUGGUCAAACCAAUUACUGUGAUAACAGUGUGAAUGUUGGCGAUAGUUACAGUGCAAUGAGUAGAAAAGUUUGCGACACCUGUCUACCUCCAUCCGCUCCAUCCAAUGCUCAUCUGAAUUUGGCUUUAAACGCGAUACUGUCUUCGUAUCGUUCACCACAGUCUUCAACUCCAUCGUCAUCAUUAUCGCAACAACAACAACAACCAUUCGGUGUGUUACGUUGUCUCUUAUGCAAAUUUAAAACAAAUGAUAAACAAAGGCUUAAAAUGCAUCUUAUGGGUAGUGGUCGAACUGUAGUCAAUACAAAAUGUGGCCUAUGUGGUCAGCUAUUAAGUAUAGAACAACCAAAUUUAUGUUUGAUUAAGGCUCAUAUACUGUUACACUUGGGAUGUCAUAUAAUGUGUCCUCAGUGUGGAUUUACGCCUCCAGCAUAUUUAUCGCCUGAUUGUGCGGAGUUGUGCUUACGUGCACAUCUUCGCUUUGUAUGCUAUCACUUUAAUUUGAGAGAAAUCUUUCAAUGUUGUUAUUGUCAUGAAAUGGGUAACAAAAAAGGCUAUAAGGCGUUUGAAAAUCUAUGCCAACAUUAUUUUGAAUGUCAUACAAGGCGGAUUUAUUCAUGUUUACUUUGUGUACAACACCAGAAACAAUUACAAUCUAUUGUUGGUAUAAGUAUCGAUAAUAGUCAGCAGCAGCAGCAGCAGCAGAGUACAAGUUUCACCAUUGAAACAUCUUCAUUUGAAGAAUUAACAAAUCAUAUGAAAGUUAUUCAUGGUGCUAAUACGCCGCCUGGUGCUAUGAAUUCUUCGACUUCUACUGUUCAUCCUAUAUCUGGAUUUUUAAGUGAAUCUCAGACGGUGUUAUUGCCACCCUCAUUAGUAAACAUGAAUGGGCCACCGGUGGUCCAUGGAAAUGGUAAUUAUAAUGCCAGUGUGAUGAGUGAGAAUGCAGAUUACUCCACAAGAUAUCAGUGCAUAGAGUGUUUGAGAGUUCUUGAUACAAGAGAGGAGUAUUUCCGACACUUCAGUGCUGAACAUCGAUCAGCUUGUAUUCAGGAAAACUAUUAUCGAUGUUUUGGUUCGUGUAAACGUCUUUUUCCCAAUAUUGAUAUUUUUCGAGAACAUUUAUCAGUUUGUCAGCAUGCACAAACAAUUUUUCGGUCAACAUUUGGAUAUUCCUAUACUUAUAGUAAUGAUAAUAAUGACAAUAAUAAUAGUAAUAAGGAUAUACUUAAUUUAUUGGACCCAGAGCAUACAGAUGACAACCAACAACAACAAGCACAACAGCAACAGUCUGUCAGAACCUACUCAUCAUGUGAGAAUAAUGCAUCUUCUUCGUCUGCUUCGUGUGCUUCUAGUUAUGGGAGGAUGAAUAAUAAUGCAUCAGUAAUAUUUGAUCGAAAAUUAUGCUUCUGUGCAUACUGUGGUAUUGGACCAAGGAGAAAUACAGCGGUGACUGGUGGUGGUAUUCAUCCUUCGUCUACAGAGAUAAUAACAACCACAUCAAGAGCAACGACAACAAGAACAACAACUACUACUAUGACUUCAACUUCUUAUUCCUUGUGUAUGGAUCAUCCACAUGCACAGAUGACAUCUGAUUCAUUAUUGCUGCCUGCAGAAUCAAAUGUAUCAGACGAAGUGACACCAAGAGGAAACAACGAAAUCAAUCUAGUACUUCAAAAUCAAGAAUCAGUAGCAGACAAUGGUUCUAGUUCCGACUGUUCUCAACAGCUACUGCAACAACAACAACAACAUCAACUACAAGAAUCUCCUAGUAACUGUGAAACAACUCCAUUCACUGCUCGAUACUUUACAGAUCUGAUAAAUUUACACAAUCAUGAAAGAGAUUCUCACUUUUUCGACAGUCGUAAACUGAUUGCUUGUCCUUGGUGUCACAAGCAAUUGACAUUUUCUAAAAAAGAUAAUGCUAAUGUGACUUAUGAACACUUAUUAUCACAUGUUCAUGAACACUAUAUGGUUUCUUGGUGUCUUGCACGAACACGUCAGUGGAAUGAAAAUGCUAAAGCUCUACCACAUUGUGUAUGUGGAUUAGCCUUACUUGAUUCUCCACUGGCUAUUUUAUCGCAUUCUGGAACACAUUUGAUACAUGCAGACAAGUACAAGUCAUCGUGUAUUGUUCUGCCAGAUCCUAUACAACUACGUCGAUUGAAGCGUCAGCAUCCGAAUUCAUCAUCGUCAUCUUCAAAUAAUCGACAGUAUUCAUCAGAGGAAUUUCUAUUCCCGAAACCUAAUGAUCACAUUCCCUGUUGUAUAGAAGUUUAUCGACAUCUACGAUUUGGUGUUUCUCCACAAUUUGACGCCCACCUUUUAGAAGCAACUAAAGGAAGCUUAACCUUUACAUGUCCUAUUUGUCCCACAGUGCUGUGUACUCGUUGGGCGUUAACACAGCAUGCAUUUUCAGAGCAUUGGGGCACUUUAUGCUAUAUUUGUUGUAUUUACACAUUCAAUUCUGAUGAGAAUUCGCCUUCGUUAGACAUCAGUACUGAUGAUGGGAAUGUACAGAUGCCAAAUGCCUGUCCAUCAAUGUCAUCUUUACCAACUAUCGCUUCUUCGUCUUCGUCGUCUUUAUCUCCAUCUUCUUUGAUGACCACGAAGAAGAUAGCAUCAACAUCCACAACAGCGACACCGACACCACCGACUGAGAUUAUCGUGCCACAUUCAAUGGAAAUAUCGGCUAAUUUAUGGGAUCACAUUUUUCAGUGCAUGAAUCAACGCCGUGAUCUCCUGAAUAAUAGUCAUCAUCAUCAACACGGUCCAUUUCCUUCAAUGUCUUCGUUGUCAAUGUCGUCAGCACCAUCAUCAUCAUCAUCAUUGACGAAAGCUGGUCUUCGUGUGAAUGAUGUUGACAACCAUCACGACCACCACCCCGACCAGCAGCAGCUGUUCAUUAGGGAAAUUGAUUUAGACCGUAGUGAAAGUUCUGAUUGUCAUGAUCCCGGUGAAAAUUUCAAUGAUUUUGCGCUUACUAUUGUGAGUUCACCUGAACAUGAGAAGAUGACCAAUAAUGCUGAUAAGAAGUGUUCAGAUGUGGGUUCCUCUUCAACUCAGAUACAAGAUAUCAAUGAAACAUAUUUAUCAUCUAAUAUUUCAACUGACGCCAUCUCUUCGACCAGCGUCAGCACCACUACCAUUCCUAUGACUUCCAACUCGUCGUCAUUGUUAUCUACCGCUGCUCCUGCUACCGCUAUUACUACUACUACUACUACUACGAAUACUUCUGUUGUUGUUGCUGCUUCCGCUCCUCUUCCUUCAUGUAGUAGUGCUAUUGAAUAUGUACAUAAAAUAUUUGAUAAUAAAUCUUUAAAGAGGAAAGCAACAACAACUUCAGAAUCUUGUGGAAGUACAUCUCAUAAACGGUUAUCCCUAUCAUUAAACAAAGGUGAUUGCAGCAACGACAACAGCGUACAAGGUAGUUGUCAUCGCAGUAUUGAAGGUGUUGGUGGUGUUAGUGCUGGAGGUGAUGAUAAUGACGAAUAUAGUUCAACUAAUAAUUCUGCUACUACUACUCCUUGUAUUGACUGGGGGGCGCAAGAGCAGCAGGUCAGUGGAGGCAUAUCACGUAGUUGGGAUGAUACAAAUGUUACUGAAAUGUCGGUGUCUGAUAGACCAAUAAUACCAAGUGGAGCUGUAUCGAAUUCGUCUGUACCUGUGGUAAUUUAUAAAUGCUACCUGUGUCGAAAUAAAACAUAUACUGUUCAGUUUUCAUUUCUGCGUCAUAUGACCCUUGCGCAUGGACUUGGAACGUCAGAACUGGAUUGGAAUCGUAUGAUUGAAACAAAUGAUGCUGGACCUAAAAACAAUAACCCUAAUUUGUUGUCGUUGUUGAAUAAUAAUAAUAAUAACCCAACUACUUCUGGAUCCGCUUCAACAGCACCACGGACGACGACGACGUCAUCAUCAUCGUCGUUGACGUCUAGAUCAGGUGAAUGUGAUCGUGAAGAGAAUGCCAAGAAGAACAGCAGCAGCAGCGGCGGCGGUAAUCGUGUGGGUGUUGUUCUCGGAAAGAUAUUCCUUUGUAAACUUUGUAAUAAGUUACCGUCAUCGGCGAUUCAAUGUGAAAAUGAGGCAAAUAUUCGAUUAGAAAACUCACUACCCAAUUCGCUACUUAAUUCGACUUCAAGAAAAGGUUUAUAUAUUUGCCUGUGUUGCCGAUCGACAUUUACAAGUAGUGCUUUGUAUGAAGACCAUCUGGAUCGUGCCGUUGCUCGAAUAUUGUAUCGUUGUCAUAUCUGUCGUGGUUCUUGGACGACUUCACGUGAGGCGGUCAGUAUCGCUGAUAAUCAUGAGAGCGAAACAUGCUCACGGUUUUAUUCUGUUCUACCGGGUGGAAUUAUCAGCGCUAAUAAUAAAUGCGCUAUAUUUACUCACUUGGUAUCUGCACACCCGGAUAAAAGAAGUGAUUGGAUUCUACGACCAUCACUUCUUACAAUUUGUCCGUUGGUUAUGCCAACCACAUUUUUAAAUUUAGCAGCACAGACCGCCUCCACUACUACUGAUAUCCAAUCUUUUGAUGUAUCGACUGGACCUAAAAACAAUAACCCUAAUUUGUUGUCGUUGUUGAAUAAUAAUAAUAAUAAUAACCCAACCACUACUGGAUCCGCUUCAACAGCACCACGGACGACGACGACGUCAUCAUCAUCGUCGUUGACGUCUAGAUCAGGUGAAUGUGAUCGUGAAGAGAAUGCCAAGAAGAACAGCAGCAGCAGCGGCGGCGGUAAUCGUGUGGGUGUUGUUCUCGGAAAGAUAUUCCUUUGUAAACUUUGUAAUAAGGAUCAGUGUUCAUCAAGUAACGUGAUUCAUAAUACAGCUUCCGCAGACACACGCCUACAUUUGGCGACAGGUGGUGAGUGUGUUAAUUCGUUACCAUUUGGUAACGACACUCUCUCUGGUUCUUCAUCUGGUGUCACUCUUCCUCCAACAACGCAAUCUUCUGGACCUAGGACUUCUGAUGCAUUUAAUCAUCGCCCAGUUCAUUCAGCUGUUCGUAAUAGAUGUACGUUAGUUCCCCGUCCCACACCACUAUCAAAAGGAUGCACCCAACCGGAAACCGGUGUAUUGCUGAAUUCACAGCCACCAAUGGUAAACACUUGUUCCCAACAAUUAGGAAGUAAUAUACAAAAUCCAGUUGUAUCUACAGUCGAUCCGAACAGAUUGUCAAUCUCUUCAGCCGCCAACAGGAUUAAUGAACAAAUUUUGAACCCUCCUCCUCCUCCUCCUAUGGAUGAAAAUGUCCUAUGGGGUCGUGUCACUCGAAACUCAUCGGGAGAUUUAAAAUUUCCUGGCAUAAAUCGCACUUUUAAAAGUGUUUCUUCAGUCUUGAGACAAAUUUAUCAAACGGCUAAAGCUGAAGACAGUUUGUCUUUACAGUUACCGUCAUCGGCGAUUCAAUGUGAAAAUGAGGCAAAUAUUCGAUUAGAAAACUCACUACCCAAUUCGCUACUUAAUUCGACUUCAAGAAAAGGUUUAUAUAUUUGCCUGUGUUGCCGAUCGACAUUUACAAGUAGUGCUUUGUAUGAAGACCAUCUGGAUCGUGCCGUUGCUCGAAUAUUGUAUCGUUGUCAUAUCUGUCGUGGUUCUUGGACGACUUCACGUGAGGCGGUCAGUAUCGCUGAUAAUCAUGAGAGCGAAACAUGCUCACGGUUUUAUUCUGUUCUACCGGGUGGAAUUAUCAGCGCUAAUAAUAAAUGCGCUAUAUUUACUCACUUGGUAUCUGCACACCCGGAUAAAAGAAGUGAUUGGAUUCUACGACCAUCACUUCUUACAAUUUGUCCGUUGGUUAUGCCAACCACAUUUUUAAAUUUAGCAGCACAGACCGCCUCCACUACUACUGAUAUCCAAUCUUUUGAUGUAUCGAAUGAGCAGCAAGCGCCUACACGUCUAACAUCCAAUCAACUUGUCAAAACUCAUUUGAUGAAUGAUUUAUGUAAAUCAAGAGUUUGGAGUGAUCUUCAACAUAGUCUUAGCAAUAUAUCUGCCCUCGGGAGUCUCGACUUUCUCCAGCCAUCAUCAUCAGCGUCAUCUCUCUGUAAACAAGUUUCCUCCAAUCGUGUAGGCAGAUUAACUCGAACAUGUAACGACAUUGUUGUCGAGAGGUUCUCUUCUUUAAAGCGUAUUUUCACUCCGAGUAGCAACAACAGUGAAAGCAAUUUACCUAGCCUGCCUUGUUCAGAUAGUGUCUUAUAUCGUUUAAUUCUGAAUUCUGCCACUAGCGAAAUUUGGCAUUCACACCUUUUUCUACCGGAAUGGUGUAGUGAUGAAAUCAGAACAAUUGGUACUCCUGCUAGAACAACAGCGACAGCGACAGCAACAACAAAAACAGUAAAUCGUCAAGAUGAAAAUAAUCCGGUUACUAUUCAAACUAAUAAUAAUAAUGAUGAUGAUAAUGAUGACAAUGUGGAAAAUGGUCAAACCAAUUACUGUGAUAACAGUGUGAAUGUUGGCGAUAGUUACAGUGCAAUGAGUAGAAAAGUUAGCGACACCUGUCUACCUCCAUCCGCUCCAUCCAAUGCUCAUCUGAAUUUGGCUUUAAACGCGAUACUGUCUUCGUAUCGUUCACCACAGUCUUCAACUCCAUCGUCGUCAUCAUCAGGAACAACAGCAUUGGUUCAAUCGUCUGAUUCAAUCAACCGACGAGGUGAUCUCGAAAAUUCUGAUAAUACGCCAAUACAAGCGACUAGUAAACAUGUAAUGGUCACCUCGUCAAGUGAUCAACCACCAUCGUCAUCAUUAUCGCAACAACAACAACAACCAUUCGGUGUGUUACGUUGUCUCUUAUGCAAAUUUAAAACAAAUGAUAAACAAAGGCUUAAAAUGCAUCUUAUGGGUAGUGGUCGAACUGUAGUCAAUACAAAAUGUGGCCUAUGUGGUCAGCUAUUAAGUAUAGAACAACCAAAUUUAUGUUUGAUUAAGGCUCAUAUACUGUUACACUUGGGAUGUCAUAUAAUGUGUCCUCAGUGUGGAUUUACGAAACAAUUGCAAUCUAUUGUUGGUAUAAGUAUCGAUAAUAGUCCGCAGCAGCAGCAGCAGCAGAGUACAAGUUUCACCAUUGAAACAUCUUCAUUUGAAGAAUUAACAAAUCAUAUGAGAGUUAUUCAUGGUGCUAAUACGCCGCCUGGUGCUAUGAAUUCUUCGACUUCUACUGUUCAUCCAAUUUCUGGAUUUUAA